AGCCAUCGGCAUUGACUUUGUAGCUCCUUCGCCGAAGACGAAGUCUGCUUCUUCUUGUUCCUCCUCGAUCGAUCCGACUGUUAAAUACUUUUGGCGAUUCCGAUCUCGCCCUAAAAGGUUGAAUCGAGAAGGAAGAGGAGCGAGAAUGGUCGGCGAUGGCUUAACCAUUUCACGGGAGGAGGAGGAGGAGGAAGAGGAACGGUCUCUAGCUCCUCUCCCUUCCUCCGGCCGCCACCACCGGCGAAAAUCCUCGGCCUCCGCGGCUUCUCGCGACGGAUUCCCAAACCCUGCUCACGUCCGGCACCUCUCCCGCACCGAGACGGAGCGCCUCGCCUCCUCGCAGCGCGAGCUUGCGGACUCCAACUCCCGCAUCGUCUUCAUCGGCGACCCCGGGGGGUCCGACCCCCGAUUCGAGAUCCCGAGGAACUCCAUCCGCACCGCCAAGUACUCCCCCAUUACCUUCCUCCCACGCAACCUCUUCGAGCAGUUCCGCCGCCUGUCCUACAUCUACUUCCUCGCCAUUGUCAUCCUCAACCAGCUCCCCCAGCUCGCUGUCUUCGGCCGCGGAGCCUCCGCUCUCCCCCUCGCUUUCGUUCUACUCGUCACCGCCGUCAAGGACGCCUACGAGGACUGGCGCCGCCACCGAUCUGACCGCAUCGAGAACAACCGCGCUGCCUCGGUGCUCGACCCUCAAUCCGGCCGAUUCCUCUCCAAGAGAUGGAAGGAGGCCCGCGUCGGCGAAGUCCUCAAGGUACUCGCCAACGAGAGCAUCCCCUGUGACAUGGUCCUCCUCGCAACCAGCGAUCCCACCGGAGUUGCCUACAUCCAGACCAUCAACCUCGACGGCGAGUCCAACCUCAAAACGCGCUACGCCAAGCAGGAGACCAUGGCCCGCCCUCCCGGCGAAGACCACCCGGUCGACUCCGCAGGCGUCAUCCGCUGCGAGCAGCCCAACCGUAACAUCUACGGGUUUCUCGGGAAUAUGGAAGUCGACGGCAAGCGGGUAUCGCUUGGUCCGGCUAACAUUAUCCUCCGCGGAUGCGAGCUCAAGAACACGGCGUGGGUGAUCGGGGUCGCGGUGUACACCGGAAGCGAGACCAAGGUCAUGCUCAAUAGCUCAGGGGCGCCUUCGAAGCGUAGCAGACUGGAGACCCGAAUGAACAGGGAGACUCUGCUGCUCUCUGCCAUCUUGAUUGCUCUGUGCUCGGUGGUGGCAAUCUGCAACGGGAUUUGGUUGGGAAACCAUUCUGAUGAUUUGGAGUUGGCGCAAUUCUUUAGGAAGAGGGAUUAUUCUGAUGGGGAUGACAAGAAGUACAACUACUCUGGGAUUGGCACGCAGGUCUUCUUUGCGUUCCUGAUGUCGGUGAUUGUAUUCCAGAUCAUGAUUCCAAUUUCGCUCUACAUAUCAAUGGAAUUGGUCAGGCUUGGGCAGGCCUAUUUCAUGGUCCGCGAUGCCAAUUUGUACGAUGAGAGCUCAAACUCUAGAUUUCAGUGUAGGGCUCUGAACAUCAAUGAGGACCUUGGGCAGAUCAAGUAUGUGUUCUCAGACAAGACGGGAACUUUGACUGAGAACAAGAUGGAGUUUCAAUGCGCUAGCAUUCGAGGGGUAGAUUACAGUGGAGGGAGAGUGUCUUCUCGUGAUAAUGGUGAAGCACAUUAUAUCUUAGCCGCUGGCAAACAUAUUUUGAAGCCAAAGAUGUCAGUUAAGACAGAUCCUGAAUUAGUUAGAUUACUGAAAAACAAAGGAGAUACUGAGCAAGGAAAGCGAGCUCGAGAGUUCUUCCUCGCUUUGGCAUGCUGCAAUACUAUUGUCCCAUUGGUUGUGGAUACAUCAGACCCUAAACAGAAGUUGAUAGAUUAUCAAGGUGAAUCUCCUGAUGAACAGGCACUUGCUUAUGCGGCUGCUUCAUAUGGGUUUGUGCUUAUCGAGCGCACUUCUGGCCACAUAAUUAUUGAUAUCCUUGGAAAUAGACAAAGAUACGAUGUUCUGGGCCUUCACGAGUUUGAUAGUGAUAGGAAGAGGAUGUCAGUUAUAGUAUGCGGCCCUGAUAAGACAAUAAAUCUGUUUGUGAAAGGUGCAGACAAUUCUAUGUUUGGUAUUAUCCAGAAUAAGGUGGAUUUGAGCAUGAUUGAUGCAACUAAGGCAAACCUUCAUGCAUAUUCAUCUUUGGGGCUGAGGACACUUGUCGUGGGCAUGCGUGAAUUAAGUAGGAAAGAGUUUGAAGAGUGGCAGUCUGCCUAUGAGAAUGCAAAUACAUCAUUGAUGGGUAGAGGAAAAUUACUACGAGCUGUUGCUUCUAAUGUUGAAAGAGAGCUCCACAUUUUAGGAGCUUCUGGAAUUGAGGAUAAGCUGCAAGAGGGUGUACCAGAAGCCAUAGAAUCUAUGAGACAAGCAGGCAUCAAAGUCUGGGUCUUGACCGGGGAUAAGCAAGAAACUGCCAUUUCUAUUGGAUUUUCUUGCAAACUUCUAACAGAGGCAAUGACUCAGAUUGUGAUAAACUGCAAUUCUGAAGAAUCUUGUAGAAACAAGCUACAAGAUGCAGUUGCCAUGUACAGAAAAUUUGCAGUAAUAUCACCUGACCCUUUUGAAAAUGCAUUAACAGGCACAGGAUCUACUAAAGUUUCAAUGGCUUUGAUCAUUGAUGGUAUUAGCCUUGUCUACAUUUUGAAGACAAAAUUAGAAGAAGAGCUGUUUAAGGUGGCCACAGCAUGUGAUGUGGUGUUGUGCUGCCGUGUGGCUCCAUUGCAGAAGGCUGGAAUUGUUUCUCUCAUAAAGAGUCGGACAGAAGACAUGACCCUUGCAAUAGGAGAUGGUGCAAAUGAUGUCUCUAUGAUCCAAACGGCUGAUGUUGGCAUUGGAAUAAGUGGCCAAGAGGGAAGACAAGCUGUUAUGGCAUCAGAUUUUGCCAUGGGACAGUUUAGAUUUUUAGUGCCUCUUUUGUUGGUCCAUGGACAUUGGAAUUACCAGAGAAUGGCCUACAUGAUCUUGUACAACUUCUACAGAAAUGCUGUAUUUGUCUUCAUCUUAUUCUGGUAUGUGCUAUACACUGCUUAUACCUUGACAACUGCAAUAACAGAGUGGAGCACCGUCUUAUAUUCCAUAGUUUACACCGCUCUUCCCACAAUAGUCGUCGGAGUGCUCGACAAAGAUCUUAGCAGGAAGACAUUGAUGAAAUAUCCCCAACUCUAUAGGUCAGGUCAGAGGGAUGAAAGAUACAAUCUGAAGUUAUUUACCCUCACUAUGAUGGAUGCAGUUUGGCAAAGUGUUGCCACAUUCUACAUCCCAUAUCUUGCAUACAGGCAAAGUACCGUUGAUGGAUCCAGCCUCGGAGACUUGUGGAUCCUUGCUGUAGUUAUUCUCGUAAACAUUCACUUGGCCACUGAUGUGUUUCGAUGGUACUGGAUCACUCAUGUAGCUGUAUGGGGCUGCAUUGUUGCAACACUUAUAUGUGUCAUCAUAAUCGACUGCAUUUGGACGCUACCUGGUUACUGGGCCAUCUUCAAGAUAAUGGGGACAGGAUUAUUUUGGUUGUGCUUACUCGGCGUAAUAGUAGCAGGGAUGCUUCCCCAUUUUUCAGUAAAGGCAUUGAAAGAGUACUUAAUGCCGAGCGACAUUCAAAUUGCUAGAGAGAUGGACAAGUUUCGGAGAAUGAAUGCAGCGACUAUGGAAAUUCAAAUGAACAGAUUCUCAACGCUUCAGUUAUGACGCGCUCAACAAUUUUUCUUCUCGUUUAGUUUUCUUUUGUUUAUUAUGUAUAUUAGUCUAUUCUUUCAGCUAACAGUCAGGCUUUCUCGCCGACGAUUUGCUCAUUUAGCCAAAGUUACUUCUUUUUUUUUUUUCACAAAGAGUUUAAAUUAAAUGGCAUUGCAGAAUACGUGUAGUGUAUGUAUACACCCUAAGAGGGGGGGUUUUCCCUUUCUUGUGAGUUCUUAUGGUAAGUGUAAAAAUAGAGCAUUUUUUACUCAUUGUGUACUUUUUCAUCA